GUGUAUCUCUUUGAUCGUGGAGAAUUCGACGUAAAAAUGGCGGCUAUCGGAGUAUAUUCAACUCCAAAAAUGGAAUAUGUUGAAGGACGUUGCGUAAGUUUUAUUAAUUCGUCGACUAGUCUUAAACUAUGGCCUAUGAUUGGGAGAACCGGCUUUCCGAUUCGGAGGAAAAGGUUGGAAGUGAAUUGUUCAUUGCCUAAUACUAUGUCUCCGUUAGAAUCGGAGGAGGAUGCAGCAACCUUAAGUAGCAGUGAUUCCCUGGAAGAUGAGUUCAGCCAUGUGACGAAGUUCAAAAUGUCCGAUUUCAAGAUAAGGAAUCGUGUUAGCAUUGGCCUUGGUGGCAGGGGAGAUGAAAUAGUGUUUGAAGCAAUGGUGAAUGAUCCUCAUAGCCCAUUGUAUAAGACCAGAGUUGUACUUAGACAACUUAUAAGUCCUCGAGCCAAGCGGAGAGGACAUCGUGCAAUAGAGGUGUUGAAGAGACUGGGACGUCGUAAACUCAUGUAUCAUUCGUACUCUAUGCAAGUUCAUGGGUAUAUCUGCUCAUCCAUGAUAGAUGAGAAGAGUUCAUUCACCCUAGUUCAUGGGCAUCAUGGAAGUGCUUCAUUGAGACACUGGCUUCAACGGUCUGACUGGCUUCCAACUCUAGAAGCUACUCUUUCCCUAGAUCAGGAGUCUGUUAGAAGGGUGGGGGAUGAUACUAUAGGAGGGCCAGCUAUUUCUCGGCAACUGCGGCUAAUCCGAAUUUUAAUGAGGGAUCUCUUGAUUGGAGUGAACUAUGUGCACAGCCAUGGCCUUGCGCAUACAGAGCUGAGGCUUGAAAAUUUGCACAUUAGCGCGGUGGAUAAACAUAUUAAGGUUGGUAUAUUGGGAAAUGCUUCUGACUUUAAUGAGGCUGAUCCUGCGGAUAACACAUCAUAUGACAAUAUGGAUAGGAGGAGAAUGAUGAUUGCAUUUGACAUGAGAUGUGUUGGAUUCAUCAUGGCAAAAAUGGUUUUGAGGGAACUCAUGGACCCAACGAUCUUUGCCAAGUUCAAAGCAUUCCUCACCAAGGGAAAUGAUCCCUCCUGUUUGCGGGAGUUUCUUCUGCAUGCUGUAAAAAGAAAUUCUUCGAUCGGAAACUUUGGUAUACAAAUACUCGAUAGGAACUGGGGUGCAGGUUGGCAUUUGCUUUCAGUACUCCUUGCACCUAAACCUUUGGACAGGAUAAGUUGCUUAAAUGCUCUGAGGCAUCCCUUCUUGUGUGGACCAAAAUGGCGUGUGAACCCAUCUAUUGAUCUAAUCAGAUGGAGUCUUGGCUCAACCACUGUUCGAAUUGCAGAGGAAUAUAUUUAUGGGCAACAGCAGCGAAGUAGGCUUGCUCAUUUUGUCGAAUUAAUGGAGAUGCUGAAUCCUUAUCCGAAGCCAAAGCAUUGGUUGGGAUUGCUUCCUGGAAAGUGGCGGCUGUUAUAUUGUACUGGAAGACAUAUAGGGUUGACCCUUCGACAGCCUUCUGUUAGAGUACUCAUUGGGGAAGUAUACCUAACAAUAUCUAAAGUGUCACAACCUAAGACCACAUUUUCAGCUGCCUCACAUAUUAGCUUCACAGUUAUGGCUGGUCGUGACUGGGCUCAUGACAAGUCUGGCGUUGGGGGAAAACUGCAAGUUAAUUCCUUUUUCAGAUUGAGAGCUGGGAGACGGUUAUAUCUUGAGGAGGAAACUAUCAGCUCAAACUUUCCGUCAGCUACACAGGAUGCUCAAGCUUCCGUCCUGAAAAGGCUAUCUAGUAAAAAGUGGAGGAAAGCAAUCCCGAUAAACAAAAUCCCUUCCAGUCUUUCUGUAGCUAAACUUGUGUCGGAUGAAAUCGAUGUGAUGAUGAGUCUUGAUAAACCACUGAAUGGAAACAUGGAAGUUGCACAGAAAGCAAUUCAAGAAGUACGCACCCAAAUACCUCCUGAAAUGUUCGAUCUAUCAAAAAUCGUUUGCGGAACAUAUUUAGAUUCGAGAUUGCUUGUCCUUAGAAGUGUAAAUGGAUCUGCCCUCUUUUUCCAUAGAUGUACAAAUGACAGCUGAUUGUGAGUAAAAAUAGUUUGUUCAUUCACUUUGUAAAUAAGAUCAUAUUUCUAGUUUUCUGUAACAGGAGUUUGGUAAAAGAAUAGAAGCCAAGAUUUGUGUAUUAAA